UCAAAUUUAUAAUUAAAUUUAAUAGGAAAUUAUUAAUUUUUAUUAAAUAUUGCAAUCCCUAAUUUAGAUUAUUGCUAAAAAUCGUGUUUUUAUGUAAAUUGUGAUGAGUUCUUGUUGUGGCAACGAGUUAGUUUUCAACUCGGCUAUUAGUGAAGUAAUAUCCACAAAUAUAGGCGAAUUUGUUAAUUUAGCGCAAAAAAUUGAUAGUUAUUUAGUUGCAUUGGGUGCUAUUAUUGUUAUAAGUGCAUUUGUUAUAUACACCAGGCGUAGAAGCGGUGUCGAUUUCCAAUCAGACGAAUAGACUGUGGUGAAUGAAAGUAACAGUAAUGAAAUUGUAUGGUGCAUAACAUUGAAGGAACACUGUAAGGGCACCCGUCGUCGCGGCGGUAUCAGCGGGCGGGGAGGCGGGUCCCGACGGCCCUGCACCCGAGGAAAGCAUGAAAGGCGUGGAGGCCACACCAGAGGAACAAGAACGGUUAGCAGCCGGAAAUAACAAUGGUUCCCUUGACUGCAAGCUGCCACCGGAGCAGCCGCGCAACGCAUUCCACUCGACGCGCGUGUUCAUGUUGGUGUUCCUGGGGGGAUGGGUGCUGCAGGGCAUGUUCCUCACGUACUUCGUGAGCGUGACGACAACGGUGGAGAAAUUGUAUAAGGUUGAAUCGAAGACGACGGGAAUAUUGUUGUCGGCGACGGAGAUCGGCCAGAUAUGUACGGCGCUUUUUCUUACAUACUUGGCGGGACGCGGUCACCGGCCGAGGUGGAUCGGUUGUAUGAUGCUGGUGCUGGCUGUGGGGGUUAUCGGGUGCGUAGUGCCGCACAUGCUGUACGGGACGAGGCUUAUGGACGUGCACUUGGACUCGCACAGAGCGGAGGCCGCGCCGGUAUGUUCGGCGGACAACGCGUCGAACGCGUGUGAUGACGCUCACAUGAAGAGCACGGCGGCGAGGUCGUCCAUCACUGCGGUGGUCAUCCCGUGGCUCUUCGUGUGCCUGCUGGUGGUCGGCGUGGGACAGACCGGCAUCGCCACGCUGGGCAUUCCCUAUGUGGAUGACAACGUUGGCAGCAGACAGUCGCCGCUGUAUAUGGCAAUCACAAUUGGAAUCAGAGUAAUAGGACCUGCUCUAGGAUUUCUCCUUGGAGCCUUAUGUACGAGGGUUUACGUCGAUCCAUUAAAAGACCCUGGCUAUGAAUACAGUGACCCAAGAUGGGUUGGGGCUUGGUGGCUCGGAAUGGUAUUCAUAGCUGGCUUCAUAGUGCUUCUCUCAGGGCUGAUGUUCUGUUUCCCGCGACAAAUAAGACAGAGUCCCGUGCCGCUGCCAAUAAAGAAGAGCAAAGAGAAGAAUGAACCGUUGUUUAAAGAUUUCUUCGCGACCAUCAAACGGCAGCUCACGAACGACAUCCUAAUGUGGCGAACAGCCAGCUCCGUACUGCACUUGAUGCCCAUCAGCGGAGUCUAUUCCUUCCUGCCGAAAUACCUGGAGAAGCAGUUCCGGCUGCCCACGCAUGAUGCCAACCUUGUCUCGGGUCUUGGCGGCAUUUUGGUGAUGGGUCUGGGCAUCAUCACCUCCGGAGUUGUGAUAUUGAAGCUAGUGCCGAGCGCUAGACAGGUGGCCGCGUGGACUGCUGCGACCGCUGCUAUAUAUAGUGCUGGUAUGAUCCUCCUAAUGUUCGUCAGUUGUCCUGAAGAGAGCUUCCGCGUCAUCACCAAGGCGGAGAUGGCCAAUUUAUCGUGCAGUGUCGACUGUCAUUGUGAAAAUGCUUCUUAUAGUCCUGUUUGUGGACAGGACUCAUACACAUACAUGUCGCCGUGCCAAGCGGGAUGCUUGAGCAGCAAGCAGUUGGACAAUAGCACGUGGUUGUAUUAUAAUUGUUCCUGUGUUGAUGGCGAUCUACAAGGACUUAAGGCUUAUAAAACAAUCGAACGCUACGAGCUUAAAAAUGCUACAUACGACGACUCUGCCAACUGGAACGGUUUCGCCGUGACCGGCGAGUGCGGAGGUCCCUGCAACCAGAUAUAUGUGUUCAUCGCGAUAUUUGCUGCGGUUAUGUUCGUACACGCGAGUGGGGAAGUGGGAGCCGUGUUGCUGAUCAUACGGUGUACGGAUAAGCACGACAAAGCGAUGGCGAUGGGCGUGAUCCAGUUCGCGAUAGGCGUGUUCGGCAACGUGCCGUGCCCGAUCGUGUUCGGCGCGGCCGUGGACGCCGCGUGCCGCCUGCGGGACGCGGCGUGCGGGCUGCUCGGCGCCUGCGCGUCGUACGACAGCGACCACCUGCGGCACUUCUUCCUGGGUCUAUCCGCCGGGCUGAUGUUCCUAGCGUUCAUAAUGGACAUGCUAGUGUGGAGCCGGGCGGGUCGUAUCGACAUGAACCCGUGCGAGAUAUCAGAAGCCCCGCUCUCCCCGCUGGCCAGCCCCCUCACACCCGCCUCACCGGACACACAGCUCUGACAGAAAAUAACAUAUGAAUCGCACCUGUGAAGUGGAAUUGUGUAACGGAAUAGUGCACCGGAAUAGUGCAACGGAAUAGUGUCACGGAAUAGUGUCACGGAAUAGUGCAACGGAAUAGUGUCACGGAAUAGUGUCACGGAAUAGUGUAACGGAGUAGUGAAGCGGAGUAGUGAAGCCCAUUUGUGAUAGUGAUACUCGCCCGUGAAAAUAGUUAUGCCCAUUUGUGAAAAAUAAUAAUUUACUGGAAACAAAAUGUGAAACAGUGUGAAAUUCACCUGUUACACCUGUUUACAAUUUAAUUGUAAUAGUGAAAUCAAUUUGUGAAAUAAUAGUGAAGCCUAUUUUUGUCCCUAGCGGUUCAUAUCAGAACUCAAAAAUAAUAUAAAAUAACGAAUGAUAUUUGAAUUUCAAGCUUCCAAUAUUCAUGCUAAUAAUAAAGAAUUAACUAAAAAGCUGAUCACUAAUUUUAAUGGAAUCAAGAUAGGUCGUUUGUGAAUCAACGCACGCAUGUAUAAUUUCAAAUCUAUGAAACUUGAUAAA